ACUCACUUCCGAUGAAGGACGAAAAAGGGAGCCUCGGCAAUGACGUUAAGCGGACGCGCCCAAGUGUGCGUGACUUCACUUUUGGAUGACGGAAGUCUGACUUCUUGUCCCCACUAUAGGGCGCUAUGAGUGGAGAUGAUGAACUGAAUCUCUUAGUCAUUGUCAUUGACACUAAUCCCAUCUGGUGGGGAAAGCAGGCAUUAGGAGGUUCAGAGCUUACAUUAUCAAAAUGCCUCGAUGCAACCAUGGUGUUGGGAAACGCACACUUAUUUAUGAACCGCAACAACAAACUUGCUGUGAUAGCCAGUCAUAUACAGGAAAGCCGUUUCCUUUACCCUGGAAAGCACUGGGCACCUGCUGAUCUUUUUGGAGAAUCUAAUAUUUCUGGCAGCAAGGAUGGAAAAUACGAGUUAUUAACAACCAUAAAUGAAACUAUUGCGGAGGAGAUAAAGGACCUCAUGACCAACACUGAAAUAAGAGGGCAGCAGACUGAAUCGUUACUGGCUGGAUCUCUUGCUAAAGCAAUUUGCUAUAUUCACAGAAUGACUAAAGAGGGAAGAGCCAGCCAGGAAAUUAAAUCUAGGAUUUUGGUUAUAAAAGCUGCUGAAGACAGUGCAUUGCAGUACAUGAACUUUAUGAAUGUGAUCUUUGCAGCCCAGAAACAGAAUAUUUUGAUUGAUGCCUGCGUCUUGGAUGCUGAUUCAGGGCUCUUGCAGCAGGCUUGUGAUAUUACUGGCGGCAUUUACUUGAAAGUUCCCCAUAUGCCCUCUCUUCUGCAGUAUCUGUUGUGGGUAUAUCUGCCUGACCAGGAGCAAAGAUCCCAGCUAAUCCUCCCACCUCCUAUUCAUGUCGACUACCGGGCUGCUUGCUUCUGCCACAGAAAUCUCAUUGAAAUCGGUUAUGUCUGCUCUGUGUGUUUGUCAAUAUUCUGCAGUUUCAGUCCAAUUUGUACUACUUGUGAGACUGCAUUCAAGAUUUCACUGCCAGCUGUCAUGAAGGCUAAGAAAAAGAAGUUGAAAUUGGCUGUUUAAUGGCAUUGUCAGUGUUUGUUGAGUUCCGUGUGCUAUUUCACAGCGCAGAUUGUAGCUGGGAAGCUACUAGUGAUGGUUAUGGGACAUCGGAAAAGAGGGACCUUUGUUAUCUGCUACGGAACUAAAUGUUUUGGAUCAGCUGAAUAAAUAUUAGAUGCAACCAUUCUGUUCAGCCACAGAUGAUGAUGCCAGUUUGAAACUUGUGUUAUAAAGUCAUCUGUAACUGCCUUUGAACCAGUGGCUGUAGCUGGCAGGGAUGUGAGGACAGCCAUGGGUAAACCUAAGGGCGAGACUCCUCUCAUAUAAUGUCCUUGGACCAACUUCUCCAUUUGGAACAAAUCAGACUUCUUCCUUAAGCUUUGACACUUUCCUUCCAAAAAGAAAGCCCCAUUUAUUUAAAAAGAAAUCUAAUAUUUGUUUUAGGAACUGACAUUUCAGGGCUCAUAGGCUGGUCCUAUAGAGUUCCUCUUGAAUUAAUAGAAAAGACUGCCCAAUUUCAAGACUGCAGAAGCAUUGGGCUCUGGACUGCUCUGAGCUAAGCUUUUCAGUACGGUUAGCAAGGAGUUUUAGGUAUUGGUGUUUUCCUUUUUUAACAGUGAUCACUGCGUCUGCUUUGGGUGUAUGUUAGACUCUCCCAAACAGACAGCCUGCUCAGCCAAAACUUAGACUGGCACACUCAGACUAACCAAUUGGAGUUAAAUGCCACCAUUUAAAGCACCCUAACAACUGCUUGGUAUGUUUAGUAGUGAAAUUGAGUCUCAUGUAUCUGUUUCUGGAUACCAUGAAUGGUCUAUUAUCGAACUAUUAAGGUCCUGACAAAGGGAGAUCCUGCUCAUGCCGAGGUUGCCUCUUUUGAGAACUGGGAAAGGUUUGAUUCUUCCACACUGGAAUCCUGAAUAGCUCAGGACAAGAAAGAUGAGAUAGGAAAAAUCUGUUGUGUCUGUGUUGAGUCACAAACUUGCCUCCUUUCCUGUAUCUCUGACAGUGAGCCUUUGCUCUCUGUUUGUUUUUUCCUUGAAGGUUGGGCAUUUCAGCACAGCCAAAAUGCUGUUUCUUUUCUCCUCUUAAUAAUGGUUGCCUGCAUGUGCUUUGCUUCCUGAGCCCAAGUCUAAACAAUUUAUGUUCUGUUUGGUAGUCCAGUAGGAACCAUUGCUUUCUAGAGACUGUAUAAUUUAUUAACAGGUCUGUGUAUUAUACUGAAUCUUUUACUCUUUGCCAGCUAAAUGCUGUUUUGUUUAAAAACUGUUUUGUAACUUUUCCUUAAUAAACUGCUCAUAAGAAAACAGGAUUCAGGUUAUACUCUGGUUUAUCUUCAGAUUGUAUAAAUCUUUCGUCUUUUACUAAAGAAAAACAAGAAGAUAAAAUACAACUGAUAAAAACAAUGUAAAACCAGAAAAUUGAAAACAAUGUAUAAUACAAAAUAUCUGAAAUGUUCAAUAACAUAAUAAAAGGACAAGUCCUUGGUGAUAAAUAUGCAAUGCAUCAUUCAAUUUGUGCAUUAAGGAUUACUUUGUGAUAAAU